CGUAUCCGUUAGUGUCUGUGUCAGUUCACUUUUGCAGACGACGUCCAGCUUACGAACGUGAUAUCACGGCUUUUAUUGCUUCAGUUUAUAAGUUUUGCGAUGUCUCUCGCGGGAAAAGUUGUUCUGAUAACAGGAGCCAGUUCGGGAAUUGGAGCUGCAACUGCUGUUCAUCUAGCUAAUCUUGGUGCGAAGCUAUCGAUAACCGGCCGAAAUAAGAAGGAUUUAGACAACGUAGCCGAACAAUGUGGCCAAACCAAGCCGUUCAUCGUAACGGGAGAGCUAACUAAUGAGAACGAUGUGAAAAAUAUUAUCGACUCGACGAUCAAGCACUACGGCAAAUUAGACGUUUUAGUUAAUAACGCUGGAAUUUUGGGAGGCGGUAGCAUAGAGACCACAAGCUUGGAACAAUAUGACAA